UGCUGGUUACCAACUUUUCUGUUUGUAACCGUUCACACACUAGCCGAAGCAAGCGGCGCGCGCGCUUUUGAAAUAAAUCAAAGAAAACAAAAACAACAUGUGGGCUUCCUACGUAGUUCUGGCUGUGUCCCUGGUGGCGGCCGCCAAUGCUUACUCCACCGGUGCUCCAGAGAGCGUCUGCCAAGACAUGGUGCCCAAGCACCCGGUGCCGGCGCAGUCCUCCCCCUCCCCUUACACGAUCACCACUAGCACUAAGACUGUGAAAGCCGGUGCACCUAUGGAAGUUGUGAUCAGCGGCAAGGCUCCCUCCAACACCAUCCGUGGACUGCUGCUGCAGGCCCGCCAGGGAGACAAGAUUGUGGGCAAAUUCACAUUGAAGCCCAAUGAUCCCUUCGCGCAACUGCUCAACUGUGGUGAACCUGGCAAUGCCGUCACUCACAAGAAACACAAUGAGAAGUUCGACAAACAGACUGUCGCGUUCACAUGGACGCCCCCUGCAGGCUUCAGCGGCGAAAUUAAAUUCAGAGCUACCAUCGCCCUGAACGGUGCAGUCUUCUGGGUCGGCGUGGAAUCAGCCCCCGUUCAAGUUUCCAGCUAAUUUAUUUGUCUAAGCACCAAGAGUAUUAUUAUUUUAUAAUUUAUGUCUUACACCUCUGAUAUUAUUGUUUGUCAUCAAUGGACAGUCAAUGUAUUAGAUAUUUCAUAAUAAAAUAAAUAUUUUUAUUAAAA